AAGCCGCGGACCCUUUUUGCACUCUCACCUCUCACCUCUCACACAACACUUGGGGUGGACCCCAUGAUGUACGGGCUGUAUCACUCGACAGGUGCAAACAUAUUAGAAUUCUUUUGCUUCUACCUGAUUCAGAAUGUCGUCCCUGCUUUCAUCAUCAUCACCACGCAAAAAAGCUCUCCCCUACGCUAUCUGUGCAUUCCAGUCAUGAUAUGGAUCGCCAGCCGCUUCAUCCGCCCAUUUGGCUCUUCUGGCAGUCCCACAUGGUGCCAGGCCAUAACACAACUUGUCAUUGCGACUUUGCAGGCAACAAAUCUGUUGUUGCUCAAUCCUUUGGCCAACUCGGACAUCUCGUGCCGUGCAAAGAGCAUUCAAGACUUUGGAUCUAGCUUGGUCGCAGGCUUUCGCUUACUUGCUCAAACUCGCGCUGUCAAUACAGACCGGCAGGUGAAGAAUGUACCCUCCCAUCCAAAGUAUUACCUGCGGAGGGGUAUGCAGGUCCCAACACGGGCUCGAUUUUUGCUGCGACAGCUAGCAAUCAUCAUAUGGCAGUGCUUGGUGCUAGACGUCGUGCAAACGGUGUCGCUUCACAAGGCUAGGGAGCGUGCUCUACAGGAGCCCGCAUCGUUGGAAAUCGAAUGGAUUGUGCCAAAGGCACAAUGGGCAGAGCGAAUAGCUACGCAUCUGUCUAUCUGGUUUGUGGUAAAUCGUCUAAUCACUGAUCUUGCGUAUCGAGUGCUGUCAAUAUUCUUCGUCGGGAUCGGUCUCGAUUAUCCUGCAGACUGGCCACCAGCCUUUGGGAGUAUGGCCGAUGCAUUUACAUUGCGCAACUUCUGGGGGAAAUUCUGGCAUCAAUUCAUGCGUCAACCCUUCACUUCUAUCGGUAACUUCGUCGCACGAGAUGUUUUGAAUCUCACUCGAUCUUCAAUACUGGAGCGAUACACAAAUCUUUUCAUUGUCUUCCUUAUUUCUGCAAUAUUCCACGUCAUCGUCGAUAUACUGCAAAGCGUUCCUAUGGAAAAGUCCGGCUCGAUGCCAUUCUAUUUAACCUUCGUCCUCGGGAUAAUGCUCGAAGAUGGUGUACAAAAUAUUUGGAAGCGGGUACAAAUACCAGAUAACUGGCAAGAUCAGGUGAAACAACCAUCAGGCAUCGUGCCACCGUGGAAGCGAGCUGCUGGGCUGGUAUGGGUCAUUCUAUGGCUUGGGGUCACCUCGACAUGGUACUUUACUCCGAUGAUUCAAUCCACGAAUGAUGAUCUGCGAGUGAUUCCUUUCAGCUUUGCGAAAUAUAUUGGCCUGAAGUCACUCAUAGGCCUUAUCGUGGGUAGUGGAGUUGGCAUUGCAGUUAUAUUUGAAGUUGAGGUUUGA